AUGCCUCGCGCCAACGACAACACUCACAAGAUCUUCUUCAAGGGUCAGUCCGAGGACUUCAUCGUCUUCGUUGAUGACUUGGAGAUCCUGAAGAAGUGGAAGGAGGACCGCAGUGUCCCCUUGACUGAUGUCCUGAACGGCUGGAAGAUCUUUGUCACUCACGGCCACGGUGCCCAGGGUGUCCUCGACACUGCCAGCAAGGCUGCUCUCGAGAGCGAGUUUGGUACCUCCAAGGAGGAAGAGUGCAUGGUUAAGAUUCUGGAGAACGGCUCCUACCAGACCACCACGACACGCGAGCGUGAUGGCUCCAAGAACGACUCCAAGGGUGCUGUCGCCAAUGGCCGGUAA